UAAAUUUCCCGGAAGGAUAGCCUUAACUUCACGCGACUUUGUGAAGUCUCAACAACACGAAGAGUGUUUAAGUUUGAAGCAAGGAAAGCGAACCCACUUCAAACAACAACAGUCCAAUCUCCUUAGCCAGUAGGAACUGACGUUACAUGCGCACAUCAAGCUCUACUUUCGGCGCGUGUGCGCACCUACUACCCCAUUUCUUCAACAACAAACAGUCUAACCUUUACUCAAGAAUAUUUUCAGAAAACAAGAAAAAUCUCAAAAUCCUCUCUUUUUUUAAUCUCUCUCUCUUCUCAAUACCCAUUAUUCUUCAAUGAACACCAACUGUUACUCUGAAAGGUCAGGUUAGUAUUAUUGAGUAAACAGUGAAAAUUCUAGUUUUCAAGCAAAGAAUUUGGAAAUUCUCAGAUUUUCAAAAUCAAGAAACGAAAAAGAGAAAGAUCCUUCUUUUCUUUUUGGCUAUUGACUUCAUGUUUCGAUUUUACAGCUCACAUCCUCAUCCAUUUCAAUUAGUAUAAUAGAAUUGAAUUAGUCAAUGGGAUUUCCUCUAUUAUUUUAUUUCUUUUUUUUUUUACUUCAAACUUUUCUGUUUGUUAUUUCUUAUUUCUUUUUAGUUUAUUAAUGACAUCCUGUUGCUAUUAUUGAUACCGAUCUUGUCUUUAUCACACCCAUUGUUUAAUCAGAAUUUGUAGUAUCUUAUAUGGAAUUUUUGCUUUCCUUGGAACCCACUUUUGGUUUAAUCUUGCGCGCAAAUACUUUUAAUUUAGUGUUUUAGGUGAAGAGUUUCAUAUUUUCUUCUCUUUUCUUGUUCAUGUUUUGAUCACAUAGACUGUAGGGAGGGUAUUAGAGCCUGAAAACUGUUGAUCAAUGGCUGAAUCCUUCGGUUCAGGAUUGUACAGCUGCUUUAAUUGUCGAAAUCGUGUUUCUCUCCAUGACGAUAUAAUUUCCAAAGAUUUUCAGGGAAGAAAUGGCCGGGCAUUUUUGUUCUCCCACGCAGUGAAUAUAACAGUAGGACCAAAAGAAGACAGGCAUCUCUUAACUGGUCUCCACACCGUUGCUGAUAUCUAUUGUGCCGAUUGCCAUGAGGUGUUAGGCUGGAAAUAUGAGCGAGCUUACGAGGCAUCACAGAAGUACAAGGAAGGGAAAUUUAUACUUGAGAAGGCAAAGAUUGUUAAGGAAAACUGGUAGCAGCUGCACAGUUUAAGGGUCUAAUUCCAUUUAUUUCUGUGUUGAUGUAAUUUUAUCAAUGCUUCAUUUUCAUCUUGUACAGAAACUUGUAGCCCAUUGGAAAUUUGUCAUUGUUUCCCACCAUGCAUUCUUAACAUGUAUGAUAUACUACAUCCAAAGGAUGCAUGAUGGAUUGGCAAUUCCCAUGUUAAUAAAUUGUGGCAUUGUCAACUACUUUCUACGAUAUUUCACUGUGUAGUAUGGAUUCAGCAUUGUGUAAAUAGCUUCGGUUAAAAUGGUUGUUACAUGAAUAUUAGACAUCAUUCCUUUCCUCCUAAAUCCUUUGCUG